AUGGACCAGCGGUCGUGUGCUGUUGAAGGUUGCAAACCCGUGAUUUGUCUUCAGGCAUUUGUCUUUGCCAAGCUGUUGGAUGUGUCCUCUGAUGGAGGUGGUGUCAUGCCGACCCCAGAAUGCCGCACAUGUCGUGACGAUGACUUGCACCAGGCCAUUGAACCUUUCAGCGGUGGUUUCUCAGGUUGGAGCCAUGCCUCAAGGUUCUUGCACGGAUUGGAGUUUUCCAUCUUCACUUGUCUUGCCUUGGAUGUUGACCAUGAAUCCGUGCUAGCUUUCCACAAGACUUUUGGUGGCAUCUUGAUGGCUCUGUGCACCUUUGGUCCAGUUGCCAUUGCCCGGAAAAGGAACAUGUGCAUUGGUGAUGCCAUUGCAUUUCUUCAACUUGAGUUUGAUCAGCGACCGUUUCAUUGCACUGACUUGCUUGGCUUUGCACUUGAUCGUGGUGAUUCUUGUCCUGACGCAGUGAAGGUGUUGUCAGUUUCUGGAGUUAGCCCGGCUGAUUUCUCUGGACUCCUGACUCUUGAUGUUUGCUCAGACAUGCGUGUCACGUCCUUUGAAGGACCGUUUGAUGACCUUGGCCCAUUUGUGGAACUGCUUCGAUCGACAGGUCUCUUGGACUUGAUGUUGUGCAAGAAUCGGGCGGAUUGCAAGGAAGCUGGCCGCUGCGACUAUGAGUGGGAUGACUGGCAAAUUCAGGCGCUGCUUGAUCGAGGUCCACAUGGCCUCUUUAAUGCCACGUCAGGAGCAGCAGCGGGCGCAACAAGCCGCAAAGGCAAAGGUGGAACCGCAUGGAUGGAGAUUGCAGUCCGGGCACAAGGGAUUGAAUAUUCUCUCAUGCCAGUCCCAGGGGCAAUUUUGGGAGCGUUCAACAAUGACUGUGGAUUCCAAACCAUUGCCUGGUUAACAGAAGCGGUUUUCAACAGUGAAUUUGGCACUCCUUUCCAACGUGUUGCCCCUAUGGAACUUCACACAGCCAUCGCAUGGAGAGGCAUUUUUGAGCAGCAUUUGCACUUGUCACAAGAAGCCAAGCAUCUUGUAGUGCCAGCCGAAUGUGCCUUUGGAGGAGCAGCCACAGUAGAUCUGACCAAGCAGCUUGCAGACCUCCUCCAUGACAGAGGGGUACCAGUCGACCAAAGCCAGUCAAGAGCCAAUAGUGUCAUCGAGAAAAUUGGAAGACAGCCCAUCAGUAAAGCACUACGCUCACCAAACCCAUGGAAGGAAGUGAAACAACUUGCCAACUUAGCAAGCCCGAAGAUCCAACUUGUCCUGCCGUCAGAGAUGCAAGCCGCCAUCCAGGCCAGACUUGAUGAAGGCAAACCGUUUGGGGACAAAAAGAAGAAGCUUGCCAGAGACCGAAAGCCACGUAGAGAACUUGCACUAGAAGCUUCCGAUGUAGGCAUCCCUGAGGGAAUUUUCCGAGACGCCAACAAUGUCACAUUGACCCAGAUCCCAAUCCAGAGCAUCGGACCUGAAGCAAAGGGUGUAGUUGUUGUCACAGCCGAGCAAGCAGCUCCCUAUUUGCGCUUCUCUCAACCAGUCUCCAAACAUGGAUUAGCCUUGAUCGUCAUCAACCAUAGCAGCCCACUUGUUCAUGGUUCUGGUGAAGAAAUCCGAUUUCCAGCUCGUUGUGAGAAGACAGCCAAACCAAUCCUCUUGUCAGCCAAGAUCAUUCAGAUCGACAACACUGAGGUCACCAGAAAUGCACCACCUCAUGUCACCAAGGUUGAUGAGGUCAGUACAGUAGUCAUCCGAGUUUGCACGUAUCGUGAUGAAUUGAAUGCCAUCAGUUGGGAUAAAUUCUCAGCCAAGCCAAUCAAACACAUCGUCGACGAUGUGGCAGCCCUCCAGCCGGCCGGUGAUGGAUCAAGUCCCAUAAUUGAUGUGUGGGACCGACAAUGGCUCACGGAGAAGUUUGAAAGGACCAAACCGGCAGAUGCAGCAAUGUUCUGCGCAUGCUUUCGCAUUGAACAAGGUGACCUUUUGGACCUGUUGCAGCACCAAGGCAGAGUAGCUCACUACCUGGAACCGCGCAGCCAAGACGGCAGGUCCCCAGAUGCUGAUUUUCGAGUCGUAUGGAUCAACAAGAAAGACCGUCAAUCCGUCGUCUUGGCCUCCCAAUCCACCACCCAGUGGACAGCCAUAGUGAGAUCAGGGAACCGGUUUGGCCUUCGAACAAAGACAGCCGCAGCUCGCACUGUUCAUGAACAGCACAAGCCUCAGACACCAUACCUCGAGACAGACGAGAUCCUCACUUUCCAUGCUGGUCCAUUCCCCCAUGGAUCCAACAGAUCAGCCCUGGUCAAAUUGUUUUCAUCGUGGGGUUGGCAGGCACGACCCACCCAACCAAAGACAAGGACACCUGACGGGAAGGGAGUCAUUUGGGAGAUUCAGUCAGGCACUAAACCGCAGUACGAGGUUUACCAGUUGGCCCAUGCCGACAUUUUGAUCACAGAAAUCCCAAAGAGAACUGCCAAAACUGCCAGUGGAUCAAAUGACAUCCAGGGUUCAGCCCGCACAAUUGCAGCUCUCACCAAAGAGAACAGACCCGGCAUCAUGACCGACCCAUGGGACAUCCAAGAUCCCUGGUCUGGAUAUCAGCCACCUGCCAAAGUCAGCCGCACUGGGGUAGGACAGGAACUCCGAGGUGAUGACAUCGAGGCUGAUGGUGACACUACUAUGCACGCCGAGGACAAGGUGGGGCAGUUGGAAGAAAGGUUGAAUCAGAUGGAAACCACAAUGAAUGAGCAGCACCGUCAGCAGACGCUUAUCACCAAUGAGCUCUCUUCCCAGAUCACUGCAGUCCAGCAUCAAACACAGGCCACCCACAGCCACAUUGACCAGAGGAUGCAAGAACAAUUGACCAACAUUGAACGGCUCUUGAGCAAGCGCAGAGCAGAAUGUAAGGCCCACCUUUUCCAAGAGAUGCCUGGCCAAGAUGGUCCUCGAAUAUGGGGUGAAGUUGCCCCACCACUCAGCAAUGCAGUCGGAACCAUUGGUGGGCGAGCCACUGGAGUGGGAAUUCUCACAGAUUGCCCGGCCAGACCUUUGGCAGGGCAAUGGCCAAGUAAAGAUUGGAAGACAGCAAGGGUGCAAGCCUGCGCCAUCCACCUUCAGCAAAACUGGGUCAAAGCAGGGGUGUUUUAUGGUUUUGCCAAAGAUGCCCACACAAAAGCUACCAAGGAGCAGAGCGAUAUUCUUCUCUCCAACCUCACUGAUCGCAUCGUUUUUGCGUCCAGGGGAUAUAGAGUGUUAAUGGGAUUCCCCAAAGGUUUCCCAUCAGCAUGGGAACAUAGGGCAGCCAAGUUCCUGCAAGCUCCACACAAGCUGCCUAUGAAGCCACCAGCAGCGGAAGUUGCCGAAGCCAUCUUAACCAAUUUUCAAGCCGAAUUCAAGGCCUUGGAAAAGAUGCUCAACGGAGCUUCUCAUGAGAUGCCGAUGAGCCCAAUCACAAUGGAGCAGUGGCAGCACGCGAUCCAAUCCAAAAAACCCACCACCGCCACUGGGCCCGAUGGGGUAUCACGAGCAGACCUGCUCAACAUGCCAGAGCCCAUCCAAGCAUCCUUGCUCAGGUUUAUCAAUAAAUUUGAUGUUGGGGAUAUGGAGUGGGAAAGCUCGGCACUGGUUGGACACAUUGCCAACGUUGCGAAAUCACCAGAAGCAGCAGCACCCAAGGAUUAUCGACCGAUAACAGUCCUCACCAUGCCUUACCGAGUCUGGGCCACAGUGAGAGCCAGGCAAUGCUUGCGCUGGCUUGCCAGAUUUGUUCCGGAUGGACUGAAAGGCAACAUCCCUGGUAGGUCUACAGUUGACAUUUGGUGGAACAUGGCAUUGCACAUCGAGCAGUCGACCCAUGACAAAGACAGCCUCUGUGGAGUAGUCACUGAUGUUACCAAAGCCUAUAAUAACCUGGCCCGACCAGUAGUGUAUGCCUGUGCAAUCCACUAUGGCCUGCCCUUGACAUUUGUCCGAGCAUGGCACAACACCCUGGCCAAUGUUCAACGCCAUUUCAUCGUUCAGGGGGCAUGUUCCGAGGCAGUCUGGAGCACUACUGGUUAUCCAGAGGGGGACCCAUUGUCAGUCGUUGCAAUGGUUCUUGUUAAUAUGGCCCUGCAUUCAUUCCUUUCCAAUCAAUGCCCAGCAGCUAGCAUUUGCACAUUUGUAGACAAUUGGGAGGCCACUGCCAGCGAACCAGAAGUCAUCAUGAGGGCCUACGCAGCCAUUGAAGAGUUUGCCAACAUUGUGCAACUGCAGUUAGAUGUGCCAAAAACACACUUUUGGGCUACUCAGGCAGAGGAUCGGAAAAGCUUGCGGAACCAUAACCACAAAGUUAUCCUCCACACCAAAGAUCUUGGAGCUCCAGUGAAUUACACAAGGAGAUUCACGAAUCACACCAUCAGAACACGUAUUGCCAAGACCCAGGCUUUCUGGGGCCAACUUGCCCGUAGCAGUGCAACUUUAGAGCAGAGGUUACGAGCCAUUCAGGCGGUGGCAUGGCCUCGUUGUUUGCACGGCAUUGCAGCAGUAGCACUUGCCAACGAACAAUUCCAGAAGUUGCGAGCUCAGGCAAUGGCUAGCUUGAAAUGGAACAAAAAGGGAGCAUCCUCUACCAUCCAAUUUGGCCUAGCGCAUCCGAAUAGUGAUCCAGGUUUUGUUGCGUUGCUUGACACAGUUUUGACAUUUCGCAAUUUUUGCGUACCAACAGUAGCUUUCCCAUUGCUCACGGGCAUUGUGACCAAGCCACACAGGCAUUUUGACCCAGGACCCUGUGCCGUGCUAUUGGCCAGACUGCAUGACAUCAACUGGCAAUGGAUAGGAGAUGGAGUUUUGUGCGACCAUGAGGGAUUCCACAUCCACUUGCUAGACGCACCACAGCAGCUUCUCAAACAGAGGCUUUUGCACGCAUGGGAACGCCAGGUGGGGUAUAGCAUGCAAGAUCGAAAGGACUUUGCAGGGUUGGGAAAGGUUGAUGGAGAACUCACAAGAAGCGUCAAAGCUAACACUGGUGAAGAACAGGGCAUCAUGAGGUUUGCAGCAUGGCUAAUCGCAGCCACAAAAGCUUUUGCCAAACUGCUUGAGUUGCCCAUCAGCAUCCAACCACGUCUCCCUUGGGGCACCACUUUUCGAUGCUGGCAGCGGUGUGUCUACGUGCCAGCCAAUACAGCCGAUUUUGAAGGCAUUGAUCUCUUCCUCCGUGACCGAGGGAUCACAUCGGUGAAGAAAGUUUCUGCCUUUCAACAGCUUGGCCCAGUAGGCCGGGGUUUCCGUUGA